AAUUCCAUGUGGGCUAUAACAUAGAUUCAUUCCUGAUUAAAGGUGUCAUGUGAUUUGAACAUGAAAUUAUUUAUAUGAAAUCAAUACUCUUUUUCAUUGUCCUAUACCCUAUUGACCAAAGGAAUUUCCAUUAACGACCUCAGAAGCAAUUUUCUAUUAACGUAAAUUCCUUUUAAAAAAAGAAAAGAAAAAAAAGAAGGAAAAGAAGCAGAAAAUAGCCGCAUACAUUUGGCACUAGUACAGCUCGAAACGACAUGAAACAAAUAGUAAAACACCAAUAAGGGAAAAAACGUGUUGAUUUCGAAGUCUGAGUUGGUCUUUAGACUCUCUCUCUCUCUCAGCACCCAAAAAUUAUAAAAAAUAUCGCGGCCUUCACAAUCCAAAACCUCUCUCUCUCUCUCUCUCUCUCUCUCUCUCUCUCUCUAUAAAAACACAACCUCUCCAAAUCUCCCACCAAACCCCUACAUGCGAAAUCUCCAAGAAACCCCGUCUCAUCGGUCUUCGUCCUAAACCAAAACCAAAACCAAAACGGAACAAAUAGAAAUUUAAAAAGAAAAAAAGAAAACCCAAAAACCACAAAUGUUCCAAGAAACGGCGCCGUGUUGGUCGAGUAUGGCUCAGUCGGCGUCGGCUCCGUGGACUCGGUUCGAGGACAAGCUCUUUGAGCAGGCGCUGGUCAGGUUCUCUGAGGACUUGCCCGAUCGGUGGGAGAGGAUCGCCGGGGAAGUUCCGGGCAAGACUCCCGAGGAGGUUCUGGAGCACUACGAAACUUUGGUUCACGAUGUGUUGGAGAUUGACUCGGGCCGAGUCGAGUUGCCGAGUUAUGCUGAUGACUCGGUGGUCGGUUGGGAUACGGCUAGUCAGAUCUCUUUCGGGUCCAAGCUCAAUAAGCAUGGCGAGCCCGAGAGGAAGAAGGGGACUCCUUGGACUGAACAAGAACACAAGUUAUUUCUAAUUGGACUAAAAAAGUUUGGUAAGGGCGACUGGAGGAGCAUUUCGAGGAAUGUGGUUGUGACAAGAACACCAACCCAAGUGGCUAGCCAUGCCCAGAAGUAUUUUCUUCGCCAAAGCUCAGUGAAAAAGGAAAGGAAAAGAUCAAGCAUUCACGACAUAACCACUGUAGAAAGUAACUCGGUAGCUGUCCCUGCUGAUCGAAAUUGGAUUCCUCCGCCUGGUGUUCCAGCUCAACAGCCUCCAUUGCAACAGCCGCAGGGUCAUUUGCCUGAUCAAGGGGGUUCAAUGGGGUAUCAAGAUUUUGGUUAUCCGAUGUAAAGAUGCAUUAAAAUCUCUUGCUGAAUACUCUUGUAUAUAGAGGAAGUGACCUGCUAUGACCAGUCCAAUUUGUAAAGUUCUACAUGUUUUUUGUUCUCUUUUAGAUGGUAGGCGAUUAGGAGAGCAUUGUGAAGUGAGUUUGAAAGUUUAGGUUCUGUUUCAAAGUCUUUUGUGAAGAAAAGUAUGAAUUAAUGGAGAAUAGAUGGGAUCGUGUAGGAAAUUACUAUUUAUUCAUUCAACAGCAAUAGAACCUCUUUUGCCCAGUGGCUUA